AUGUCGCUGGCCCAAUCCCCUGCUACCUCAUGGAUACAGGAGCCACAAUUGGCCAGGCUGGGGCUCCCUAAGGUGCCAGGGGAAGGAUCUCAGAUCGACAUAAAGAGAGAGAGAUACCUAGCUUGGACCCAGGAGAAGUGUUCAGUUGGAGAACAUAGAGAUAGUUUGGUACCUAUGGGGAUGUCCGAGAAAAUUCUGCUGAUGAAUGAACAGUGUGCAUUCAGGACAAGUGUCUGCUCCCGUUCCCUUCCUCGCUGCCCACCACCUCGCCAUCUGACUUCCCUCACCAAGCAGCCUCAAUCAGGUCUCCCCGGCUCCUCACUGGCCUGCAUCUCCCUGAAACUGGACUUGGAGGUCAGUGAACCAAUAGACUUCAGUGCUGGAGAUCAUCAACAUCUGGUUCAGAAAGCAGCAGACAGUCACACCCAGAGCAAAUCUGGUCAGUCCUAUACAGCUUCACCUUCACCUGGGUCACGAGAAGCCGGUGGGAAUCCACACUCAAAGGCCAAAGAGCGAGAGGAUACCUAUGUGGUACAAAUAUCGGAAGAGACCACCCCAGAACACAGCGAUCCUUUACCCAGCCCUUUCUCAGAAGCAGCUGUCCGCAGAGCUUUCAUUGUAAAAGUGUUCCUCCUCCUGUCAGUGCAGUUGCUGGUGACUGGGGCAAUCAUCAGCAUGUUUAUUUUCUGGUGAGCUUUAAGAAAUUGGGUGAUCAAGAAUGCCUGGUUCACUUAUGCACUUUUGCCAGUAUUUUUUGUUGUAUUUUUUGUACUUGCUUGCUGUGGGAAACUCCGCCGUCAGGUGCCUGCGAAUUACAUUCUCCUGGGAUUAUUUACAAUUCUUCAAGGUCUGAUGCUAGGAACCGUGUCAGUUUUCUAUAAUGCUGAGGAAGUGUUAUGGGCGACGGGAACAACUGCUCUGGUGACAUUAUCGCUCACUUUAUUUGCUCUUCAGACAAAAUGGGAUUUCACCUUGCUAAAUGGAAUGCUGUUUGCUUUACUCUUCGUGCUUGUAAUCUACGGAAUUCUUUUAAUCUUCAUACGAUCAUAUUGGUUGCAUCUAUUGUAUGCUGGACUUGGAACUGUGGUCUUCUCACUGUAUUUGGUGAUGGAUGUACAGCUGAUGGUGGGAGGGCGCCACCAUCAUUCCAACCUGGACCCUGAAGAGUAUGUGUUUGCUGCUCUGAACAUCUACAUGGACAUAAUCAACCUCUUCCUUUUUAUUUUGCAACUGGUUGGACUGGGACGGUAGUCAUAUAGCCAAGGCUGGCUUGUGCUGAAAAGAGGGAAGGAGGGAUGCCUAUGAAGUGUUGCCAGGCUCAGACGUGCAGAGGUUACCAAUCCAUAAGCCCUUUUAUUUAAAAAAAUUUUUUUAAAUACUUAUUUUUUUUGGUCAAAUGAAAGCAAGCAUUCAGUAGAUGGUAGCUGUAGCUGUUAUAUGUUUUUAGUUCCAUUGUCACAUUGAAAAACUUUCUGGCAGAUACUUCUGAUCUUUAUAAAUUCAAAAGAUGAGCACAAAAUUAUAUACUUAAAAACAUUUGUAAGAUGCACAUUACUUUGUUGAGGUUUUCCAGGCACUAUUUAAAGCUGUAAA